ACGACCAGAUUAAAGUAGGAACUUCAGGCUACCAUCUGACCCUGGUUUCUUGGACUGCCGUCGUACGCGAGGGAACCAUACAUUCAAAACAUUUUUCUUUCCUUGCACAAAUACAAACUGUAGAGCGUGGCCAGGCAUUGUUGGAGUCGCGGGCAACCUUGUGCGUACGCACUGAAAACAAAACACUGCAGGAUGCUACUUCUCCUGGUCAUUCCGUCUGUGAUUUAGAUUGAACAGUGAUGUUUCCACAUAAUGGGUCAACUGAUUAGAUGAAAAUUACUACUUUGAUCAAAUUGCGCAAUUUGCGACCCUCGCCUUGUGUAUCUCUGCUUGGAAUGCAUGAGGAGAAUGGGGAGGAACAGACGUGUCUAUCCAGAAUGGAUAUAACCCCAACAGCUUUUGCCGCAUCGAACUCAUCAGAGGAUACUAAUGGCACGAGUGCCCAAAUACCUCUGCCUCACUCCCAGAGCGUGGCAGUCUUCAUCGUGUUCCUGGUCACCGUUAUCAUUCUGGUGACAAUCGUAGGGAAUGUACUUGUUGUGGUGGCCGUUUUCACCAGCCGCGCGCUCCGUGCGCCGCAGAAUCUCUUCCUUGUAUCUUUGGCAUCGGCAGAUAUAUUAGUGGCCACCUUGGUCAUCCCUUUCUCCCUCGCCAACGAGAUCAUGGGUUACUGGUACUUUGGGAGCACCUGGUGCGCCUUCUACUUGGCCCUUGACGUUCUCUUCUGCACGUCCUCCAUAGUGCACCUAUGUGCCAUAAGUCUGGACAGGUACUGGUCUGUAACCAAAGCUGUUAGCUACAAUCGGAAGAGGACGCCCAGGCGUAUUAAGUGUAUGAUCACCGUGGUCUGGGUCAUAUCAGCAGUCAUCUCUUUUCCACCGUUAAUUAUGACCAAACACGACGAGCAUGAGUGCUUGCUCAACAACGAAACAUGGUAUAUUCUCUCGUCUUGUCUGGUAUCAUUUUUCGCCCCGGGUCUAAUCAUGAUUCUGGUGUAUUGUAAAAUAUAUAAAGUGGCCAAGCAGCGCGCAUCAACCGUGUUUGCAGCAAAGAACGGGACGGAGAGACAGCCCUCGCAGUCGGAGACGUGCUUCGUGCCCAGGAGGAAGUUUGAGGUGGAGAGCCCCAGCAGCCCCAGUUUAGGUGGCCACAUGCGGAAAGGAGAGCUCGAUGAUAUUGACCUGGAGGAGAGCUGCGUCGCCGACAGCAAACCCAAGAACUGUCUCUUCUCCAAGAGAGUGAAAGUGGAGGGGGCAAACACUUUCCCAAAACAGAGUUGUCGCGUGUCAUGGGCUUCAAACCGCAACGCGAAGCUCUCUCAGGAGCAAAAGAUUAGACAGAUGUCACUGUCAAAGACCAAACUGGCGCAGAUGCGUGAAAAGCGCUUUACGUUUGUCCUUGCAGUGGUGAUGGGGGUGUUUGUACUCUGCUGGUUCCCAUUCUUUUUUACUUACAGUCUGCACGCAAUAUGCAGAGAUUGUUGCCCAAUUCCCGAUGCUCUCUUUAAUCUGUUUUUCUGGAUUGGUUACUGUAACAGUUCAGUGAACCCUAUCAUUUAUACAAUAUUUAAUCGCGAUUUUCGGAGAUCUUUCAAGAAGAUCAUAUGCCAGACAUCACACACAUAGGUUUACAAAAAAAAUGUAUCUCUCUCUAUAUGUGUGUGAGUGUGGGUAAGCUCUGUUGCGUUUAGUAUCUGUACUUAUGAGACGUGUAAAAAAAGUGUUUGUAGAAUACUGUGAUAAGAUUUUAAAUAAUAAUAAUUUAAUGUCAUGUAAAAAAUUGACUUCAAAAUGAGUGAGUUUGUAACCGUCAGAUGGUGUUUCUGUGGACUUGAGUGCAUCAGGUUGCAAACCUGCAUCAUUUAUUUAAAAACAAAGAAUUAUGUAUCCAAUCUACAUAUUCGAGAAGCAUGAGUCAGACAACACUGUUAUGUUUCUCCAUGUUGUUAAUCACAUUUAGCAGUGUUCUGUUAUUAAUACAUUAAAGGGCUUUUGAUGUAAAGAGGCAAUUAAUGACUUGUUACUGUCUGAGACAUCUAACCUAAUGUAGCAGGCAUAGACAAGAUAUCUGCGAUUAGAUCCCCUACAUACUGGUCUUGACGAGAAGAACAACCAACCCGUCAGCGGCGGUUCUCUUCUGCGUUG